AAACCACGGAGAAAGCAAUAAAAAUAUCUUCAGCAAUUCCUUCCUCUGGAUUGUGGCCUCUCUUGUUUCUCCUAGUUUCUCCUUCCCUUCUUUUUCUUGAAUCCAACUAAAUGAUAAUCUGAAGCAAGCAAAAUGAGGCUGCAAAAUUUUUUAUUCACUUUGCUACUUCAAGUCUGUUUCCUGAAGGGAGGCUUGUGGGCUCAACGCAUAGAAGUCACCAGCCGAGUUGCAAAUGCUCAAGACUGCCCCGUGGACCUGUUUUUUGUCCUGGAUACCUCAGAAAGUGUCGCCUUAAGGGUGAAGCCCUUUGGGGACCUAGUCACGCAAGUGAAAGAUUUCACCAACCGGUUCAUUGAUAAGUUAACAGACAGGUACUACCGCUGUGACCGAAACUUAGUGUGGAAUGCAGGGGCGCUGCAUUACAGUGACGAGGUUGUACUCAUUAAGAGCCUCACCUCGAUGCCCAGUGGCAGGAAUGAGCUGAAGAACCGGGUGUCAGCUGUGAACUACAUCGGGAAGGGCACAUACACCGACUGUGCGAUAAAGCGGGGCAUUGAGGAGCUGCUCAUUGGUGGCUCCCAUCACAAGGAGAAUAAAUACCUGAUUGUGGUGACUGAUGGACACCCCUUGGAAGGGUACAAGGAGCCCUGUGGAGGCUUGGAUGAUGCUGCCAAUGAAGCCAAACAUCUGGGAAUCAAAGUCUUCUCCGUUGCCAUUUCUCCCAACCAUCUGGAUCAGCGACUCAACAUCAUUGCCACAGAUCAUACCUACCGUCGGAACUUCACUGCUACCAGCUUGAUGCCGACCCGGGAGCUUGACGUGGAGGAAACCAUAAACACCAUCAUCAACAUGAUCAAAGAUAAUGUGGAGCAAGUGUGCUGCUCCUUUGAGUGCCAGCCUCCCAGAGGGCCCCCAGGACCUCCUGGUGACCCAGGCAAUGAGGGAGAAAGAGGCAAGCCAGGUCUUCCUGGCCAGAAAGGAGAUGCUGGAGAGCCAGGCAGGCCAGGGGACAUGGGACCUGUUGGCUACCAAGGAAUGAAGGGUGACAAAGGAAGUCGAGGAGAAAAGGGCUCAAGAGGAGCCAAGGGAGCCAAGGGUGAGAAGGGCAGGCGUGGAAUUGAUGGCAUCGAUGGUAUGAAGGGUGAAGCUGGAUACCCUGGAUUACCUGGCUGCAAAGGCUCACCAGGAUUUGAUGGAGUUCAAGGCCCACCUGGACCCAAGGGAGAUCCUGGUGCUUAUGGACCAAAGGGACAAAAGGGGGAACCUGGAGAAGAUGGAAAACCUGGCCGACAGGGGAUCCCUGGAAGCCCUGGAGAGAAGGGUGCACCUGGCAACAUUGGUGAACCUGGACCAACAGGGGAGACAGGAGAUGAGGGCCCUCCAGGUGCAGACGGUCUGACUGGAGAACGGGGCGGCAAUGGAGAAAGAGGGCCCCCAGGCUCACCUGGUGAUCGUGGGCCAAGAGGAGAGCCGGGAGAACCUGGGCCACCAGGUGACCAAGGGCGGGAAGGACCCCUGGGACCACCUGGAGAGCCGGGUGAAGCUGGACCCCCAGGACCCAAGGGGUACAGGGGAGAUGACGGCCCCCGUGGAAAUGAGGGCCCAAAGGGAUUACCUGGAGCACCUGGUUUGCCUGGAGAACCUGGCUUGAUGGGAGAAAGGGGGGAAGACGGCCCUCCAGGGAAUGGUACAAUUGGUUUCCCAGGUGCCCCCGGACAGCCAGGAGACAGAGGUGGCCCUGGCAUUAAUGGAACAAAGGGCUAUGUUGGUCCUAAAGGUGAUGAAGGAGAAGCUGGAGACCCUGGCAACGAUAACACAACACCAGGCCCCAGGGGCAGCAAAGGAGCAAAGGGUCACAGGGGACCUGAAGGCCGUCCGGGACCACCAGGACCUGUAGGCCCUCCAGGACCAGAUGAAUGUGAAAUUUUGGACAUCAUCAUGAAGAUGUGCUCUUGCUGCGAGUGUACAUGUGGCCCUGUCGAUCUCCUUUUCGUGUUGGACAGUUCGGAGAGUAUCGGCCUGCAGAACUUCCAGAUUGCCAAGGAUUUCAUCAUUAAAGUCAUUGAUCGGCUAAGCAAGGAUGAACGUGUGAAGUUUGAACCUGGUGAGUCCCGUGUGGGAGUAGUGCAGUACAGCCAUGACAACACACAAGAGCUGGUGGCCAUGGGGGAUGCCAACAUAGACAACAUUGGGGCACUCAAACAGGCAGUCAAGAACCUGAAAUGGAUAGCUGGUGGCACCUACACUGGAGAGGCCCUGCAGUUCACCAAGGAGAACCUGGUGCGGAGAUUCACUUCUGACAAGCGUGUUGCGAUUGUCAUCACAGAUGGACGCUCUGACACCCUGCGGGACCCUACCCCACUCUCCUCCCUGUGCGAUGUCACCCCGGUGGUUUCCCUUGGGAUAGGUGACAUUUUCCGGACUCCCCCAAAUCCAGAUCACCUGAAUGACAUUGCUUGUUUAAGCAGACCCACCAGACCAGGACUGUCCAUUCAGAGGGACAAUUAUGCUGAGCUCCUGGAUGACAGCUUCUUGCAGAAUAUCACCUCGUAUGUCUGCCAAGAGAAGAAAUGUCCAGACUAUACCUGCCCAAUCACCUUUGCUGGGCCAGCGGACAUCACACUUCUGGUGGAUAGCUCCACCAGUGUCGGGAGCAAGAACUUUGAGACCACCAAGAAGUUCGUGAAGCGGCUGGCAGAGCGGUUUCUGGGGGCAGGCAAGCCUGCUGAUGACUCUGUGCGUGUCUCAGUGGUCCAGUACAGUGGCAGAAACCAGCAGAAGGUAGAAGCACAGUUUCAGUACAACUACACAGUGAUUGCCAAAGCCAUUGACAACAUGGAGUUCAUUAAUGAUGCCACAGACAUCAACGCUGCUCUGCGGUACGUCAUGGGGCUGUACCAGAGGUCUUCCCGUGGUGGGGCAAAGAAGAGGGUGCUGGUGUUUUCUGAUGGCAACUCUCAGGGGAUCACCACAAGAGCCAUUGAGAGGGCUGUACAAGAAGCUCAGCAAGCUGGCAUUGAAAUCUAUGUGUUGGCAGUGGGCAGCCAAGUCAAUGAGCCCAACAUCCGUGUCCUGGUCACAGGAAAGAGUGCAGACUAUGAUGUAGUCUAUGGGGAGCGCCACCUCUUCCGCGUGCCCGACUAUACCUCUCUGCUGCGUGGUGUCUUCUACCAAACUGUCUCCAGGAAAAUAGCUGUUGACUGAGCAGCUAAGUGGGUUUCUGCCAGGGCUGUGCCUGCUUCUGUCUACCCUAAAAAUGAAAAACAAGCAAAAAAAAAUUAACUGUAUUCUUGAUCAACCUGAGGAACUUGUGUCCAUACAGAUAGCCGUAGUGCCACAGUCUGUCUGUGCAUAGUCUCCUUUCCUUUGUUGCCCCGCUUCUUCCUCUAUACCUCUACCCUUUUGGCCCCCAAACCUUCCUCCUUUUAUUCUGACUGCCUUCCUGCUCCUCCCUUGCCAGCAGGCAAACACAAGCACUCCUAGCAAUAAGCCUCCAGAACAACAGAAGCAAUCUCAUCCCACCAGUUUGACUAAGAAAGAAUCAAGAUGAGGAAUUUCAUACCACUAAGGACUUGUCCAGUCUUGCAAGGUUGAUUAUACUUUUUUUCAGAUACCAAUUUUUUGUUUGUUUACCUCUUUUCCUCAAACUUCAGCUGAGCACUUACUUGGCUCACAAUGGUCCUAACCCAAUACUGUGUUUCAAGUGAAACAUCCAACACUUCAGCAAGCUUUGAGAGGGGAUCAUUGUCACAGCUGGCAAGUUUGAUUUGCAUCUCCCAUGCUAUUGAGGGAGGGCUGGACUUCAUUACCCAAACUACUCAUUCAUUAGACAUGGGUGGAAAGCAUCUUUGGCCUCCAUUGCCAUAGGACUGGGCACUAACUUCCCAGGUAUAGGGUGAAGGUGGGUGGUGGAGCAUACUUCAUUGCGGAUGCGCUCACCUGGAGCAAGGGGGCUGAAAACCAACAAAAUGACAGACAGACUAGCCAUAGGAAGUGGGGGAAACAAGUGAAGAACCUAUAUAACUGCACUCCUUCACAAAGUAAUCUCAUGGUCCUACAGUGAAACCAGGAACCUCACAAAUGGCCUGACAACUUUUGUUAUGGUCCAAACUCUAUUUUGGAAAAUCUCUCUGAGCCCAGUUAGUGGAUUUAUUUUUUUCAAAAGCACCAAUCUGUCUAAUUCCCAGUGAGUUCUGUGGGCAUAUACUUUCCACAGGACUAUCUAGGAAUUAGGCACCUGGUCCUUAGAGAUAUGCACUAACUGUACUAUAUAUUGAAUUAGGGCCUAAUCAUCAGUUCAGCCAAGUCAAGGGAAAGACUGCCAUUACCUGCCAGGGGCUUUGAAUCACAUCCUGCAGAUAUACUGAUAAAGGUGCUAUCACUACAUGGGUGAAGUGGGCCCUUCAUGUUUACACAGUUAUUUCCAAGACCACGCUGAAUGUGUGGCUUGACUGGGCGAGAUUUUGUUCAGUGCUUCCAGUGGUGCUCUUGCUACAACUUCAUGCGCUUCUAAGAAAACAACAGUGAUUACCAGGUAUCAACAUCCAAACUCUUUACUUUGUAUCCAAAAAUCCAACUUAGUUUUAUUUUAUGCCUAUAUUUUGCUAAAAUUGUCCACUUCAGAAAUUUGACAAAUAAAUUUUUUUCCACAA